AAGAAAAUAAUUACUAUUGCCGCUGCCGUAGGAUGCCUCCUUCUCGCCAGUGGCUUGAUUAUCAUGACGAUCAUUCUCGCUGGCUCAGACACUGGAGAAACCUCAGACGAAGCUGAAGAGAAGGAUAAGUAUGAAGGUUACGCACCACGACCGCUGAUGCCGCGCCCUAAAACCACCCCACCUCCUAUCCCCACCAAGACAUCGACGAAAGCGCGAAUAACGACAACGACUACAAGAACCACAACAAGCACAACAACCACAACAGCCACACCGACCACGACUGGUACCAUUCCGCAUUACUUCAUUAAGUGUACCGUGGGAGAGAUGUUCAAGUAUGACGACAGUUACAAGUCUGCGAACUGUGAUUACUUCAUCUUCGACAGCGUCAUUCCAACGGCAAGUGGAUUAAUUGGGUCUGAGGAUCAGCAUGCCUGGAUGGCGUUCAACAGCAUGACGUGGACAGGAAGUCCGAAGCCGGAACUUGGAGUUUCGUUUCCGGGAAGUGAUGUCGACCAGUUGACUGCUGCCAUCUCGCAGACUGUCGCCCUGAGUGCAUUGAAAAAUCUCUUCACAAAAGGAUUCAGACUGUUCGGCGUUCUCAACUGCUUCGGAACCGCGUCCCUACUUUCUAGUAGCAGAUCUGCGUUCGAAGGCUUGUUUGAUAAAAUACUCUCCUCGAUGGGCGCACCCCAAAGGGGUGCUCGGGGUGCAUUCUUCAUUGGACUGCACCUGUCGGCGGGAUCGACAGCGCAGAGCGCUUCACUCAUGCAGUAUGCAACCGCUAUCAAACACCUGGACGUGCUCAUUCUUCAGACUCACAUCACUCCGCCACCCGCAGUGAAUGCGAGCGACUGCUUCAUCUACCCGACUAGCUCGUGGUCGCAAACUCCUAUCGAGAACGGCACCUAUUCUUCAGUACAAAGGGCCGCCCAGAUGCUUUCCGCUGCACCCAACACAAACCUGUCCUUUGGUAUUUCCUUUUCGAUGCGCGUCAACAUCUAUGAGCUUCCAACGGAAGCGACGACUUCAUCGGCAGCUGCGAAACAAGCCUGUGCCUCUCGCAACUACGGAGACUUAAACAGCAUGUGCGGUCCAUCUGCUUACUCCACUUUCCUCCAGGACGAUGACUGUAUAAAUAUAGACUUCAUAAUCGGAAAGAAAUUCGCCUACACGUUUAGUAACCAACCUUGCAUCAACGUAUUAUACGAUAUGGCUAGGAAAGAAGUGCAAAAGAGUUCGAAGUUCGGCGUUCUGCUAGCGGACAUCAAUAUGGACACCGCUGAAUGUAUACAUUGGGAACGCCGGGAGACACUGUGGAGAGUUACAGAAGCGAGUAACUUGCUCCGCACCUUGCGUCGAGAUUAUCCCUGAAAGGCUGCACUUGGAGCUGCAAGCGAAAAUGCGUUAAUGAUAUUUGAAUGGCUCACCGCUCGAGUAAUAAAAGUGGUUGCCAUAUC